AUGGAUGAAGAAGAUUCUUACUCUCAAUCUCAAGAAUUAGAAGUUUUAAAAUCAAUCUAUGGUGAUGAUUUUUUCUCUCAAAUGGAAUAUUAUGAAAAUGAUAUUCAUAACCAUAGUAAUGAAAAUUAUAGUAGUGGUUGUAGUGGAAGUGAAGAUGAAGAUUUAGAAGAUAAACAUUCUCAAAACAAAACUUCAACUACAACUACAACCACUACCACCACAACAACAACUACAACAACAACAACAACUACUACUACAACUUCAUCAUAUAAUGAUGAUGAUAAUAAUAAUAACUAUAAUGAUUAUGAAGAUGAUGAUGAUGAUGAUAGUUUUGAUGAAAAAUAUAAAUAUAACAUAAAAAUUAAAAUUGAUUUACCAAAUGAAUAUAAAAUUAAAAUUAAAGAUGAAGAAUUAGAAUAUCCAAUAGUAUGUUUACCAUCAAUUAAUCUUGGAUUUAUUUAUCCAAAAGGAUAUCCAAGUAAAAGAGCACCAAUCAUUACAUUAUCAUCAUGUUGGUUAACAUUGAAACAAAUGAAAUCAUUAUUGGAUGAAUUAAUAAAUAAUCAAUGGGAGUGUGGAGAAUUGGUAAUUUUUAAAUAUGUAGAUUGGUUAAAAACAAAUUUGGUCGAUUAUUUAGGAUUAAGAGAAUCAUUGACAUUAGAUGGUGAACCAAUUGAUUUCGAGAGUGAAUUAUGGGAUCAAGGUGUAUCAUGGGAUCAUGAAGCUGAUUGGCAAUCGAUGCAAAAUGCAAUUCCAAUGUUAAGAUCAUACAAUUCACAUGAAGGUAAAAGAAUAUUUGAUCAACAGUAUCAUUGUUGUUUAAUUUGUGAUCAUGAAGGUUGUGGUCAAACUGAUUUCACUCAAAUAUCAACAUGUGCUCAUUUCACUUGUAAUGAAUGUAUAGCUAGUAUUAUCAAUGUAAAUUUAAGUAGUGGUCAAUUGGCAUCAAUUAAAUGUCCAACACUUGGUUGUAAACAGUUGUUGGAUCUUUCAAUCAUUAGAAAGUAUGUUUCAUCCGAUCAAGAUUACAAUAGAUAUCAAGAUUAUUUAAAACAACAAAGAGGUUUAGUAAAAUGUUUAAGAUGUCCUGAUGGUUGGAGUUUUGUUGAUAACUUAACAAGAUCAACCUUUUGUUCAACUUGUUAUUACUCAUUUUGUUUAUUUUGUCGUAAUCAAUUUCAUCCUGGUGUAAAUUGUGAUGAUAACAAUGCAAAAAGAGGUGACAAUAAUAAUAGAAUCGAUAGAAAUAAUCCAACUGGUCUUGGUUUAAUUAGAAUUUGUCCAACUUGUGGUUGUUUAAUUACCAAAUCUGAAGGUUGUAAUAAAAUGACUUGUUCAAAUUGCUCAACUCGUUUUUGUUGGCUUUGUUUGAAAGCAAACAUUGACUAUAACCAUUUCGGUUUACGUUGUGAACUCUUUCAAUUCACCCCUUCAAGAAUUAACCAUGCCAAUAGAAUCGUUAACAGUGGUGUUGUCGAUGCUACAACCGUUUGUAGAUGUAAACAACUUCUUUAUCGUCAUUCAGGUUCAAAUACAGUGGUUUGUCGUAAUUGUGAUGCUACCUAUUGCUUCCUUUGUAAAACUAAAAUUAAAGGUACAAGACAUUUUAUGAAUAGUGAUACUUGUACUCAAAAUGGAAAUCCUAAAACUUUUAAACCUGAUAAAUCUUAUGUAUUUUAUAAUUUAUCAAAUAAUGAAACAAUUACACCAGAAAUUAAAUCUAAAAAAGAUUAUUAUAUUUUUGAAGGUUUAAUUAUAAAAAGAUGA